GUUGGAGGAAUGCAGUGGAUGUGAAACGUGUUCUUUGCGUGUCAUGUUGCAUUUUGUGUGUUUUUAAGAAUAAAUUCGGGAAAAAACUAUACAAAACUCUUUCGAAAAGCCGAACCGAUAACACGAAGAAUGGUAGCUGAUAAGGAGAAUGUAGCGACCGCUAGCGGCGCAGUUGAAGGCGAUACGACUUCGAAGAAGGCAGCAAAAAAGCAAGCGAAGGAGGCAUUAAAAGCUGCAAAGAAAGCUGAGCAAAAAGCCGCAAAUUUGGCUAGCAACGAAGAAGCUGGCGAUGCAGUUGAUGUCUCAGCUGAUCGAUAUGGUUCCGCAGGGCUUAUCCAAUCAAAAGAAAAAUUUGAGGAACGCAAAUUUGUGGGCGUCAACGAGUUGAGUGAGCAUGUAAGUAAGGAUGAACUAGUGUGGGUUCGUGGACGUGUGCACACAUCGCGCUCGAAAGGCAAACAAUGUUUCUUAGUUCUACGUCAGCAGAGCAGUACGGUGCAAUGCAUUUUGGCUGUAGGUGAUCGUAUUUCCAAGCAAAUGGUGAAAUUUGCUGGCAACGUGAACAGAGAAAGCAUAAUUGAUGUCCAAGCUAAAGUUGUUUCAGUUCCCAAUAAGAUUGAGUCAUGUACCGAACAAACAAUUGAAUUGUGUAUCGAACAACUCUUCGUAGUGUCGCAGGCCAAACCGCAACUACCGCUGCAAAUUGAAGAUGCUUCCCGCCCCGAUAACCCUGAUGAGCCAGAAGGCUUAAAUAUUCGUGUAAACCAAGAUACACGUUUGGACAAUCGCGUGUUGGAUUUACGUACACCUGCAAAUCAAGCUAUUUUCCGUUUGGAAGCUGGAGUAUGUCGUUUAUUCCGUGAUAUUUUGACGACUAAGGGCUUCACGGAAAUACAUACACCGAAAAUCAUUUCUGCCGCCAGUGAAGGUGGCGCGAACGUGUUCACUGUCAGCUACUUCAAAGACUCCGCUUACUUGGCCCAAUCGCCCCAGUUAUAUAAGCAAAUGGCUAUUGCUGCUGACUUCGAUAAAGUGUACACAGUAGGUGCAGUAUUCCGUGCAGAAGAUUCCAACACACAUCGCCAUUUGACUGAGUUUGUUGGACUCGAUUUGGAGAUGGCUUUCAAAUACCACUACCACGAAGUGCUGUAUACCAUUGCCAAUACAUUCACGGAAAUCUUUAAGGGUCUACGCGACAAUUACAGUGCCGAAAUUGCGGCAGUAAACCAACAAUAUAAAGUGGAACCAUUUAAGUUCCUCGAACCGCCACUAAUUUUGGAAUUCGCAGAAGGUGUGAGAAUGUUGCGAGAAGCUGGUGUAGAAACUGGCGAUGAGGAAGAUUUGUCGACACCCAACGAAAAGUUUUUGGGUAGACUUGUAAAAGCCAAAUACGAUACUGACGUUUACGUUUUGGACAAAUUUCCACUUGCGAUACGUCCUUUCUAUACAAUGCCCGAUCCAAACAAUCCGACUUAUUCCAACUCAUAUGAUAUGUUCAUGCGCGGCGAGGAAAUUCUUUCUGGUGCUCAACGUAUACACGAUCCCGAUUUUCUAAUUGAACGCGCAACACAUCACGGCAUCGAUAUAACAAAGAUUGCUGCGUAUGUUGAAUCGUUCCGUUUCGGCUGUCCACCUCAUGCAGGUGGUGGCAUCGGCAUGGAGCGUGUUGUCAUGCUUUACCUUGGACUUGAUAAUAUACGUAAGACUUCAAUGUUCCCACGUGACCCUAAGAGAUUAACUCCAUAAUGCGUAUAAUUGUGGCUAAAUGAACAAGCUCCAGAAAACGAGAAAAUUAUUCACAUCGAUUUUUGCAAAUGAAUUUUAAUUGGCUCUUUUGUUUGCUCAGUGUCCUUUGAAUUGAUUUUUUCUUUAGUUCAUACAACCAAAUUUUUUUUAUCGAUCAUAAUUGCUAAAGGUUGUUUCUUUUUUUAUUAUCACUUAACUAUUUUCUUAAUUAGGCAGUUAUGCCUGCAGUUGUACAACAACUAGUUUAUAGUAGAAUAAAAGAGGCAAUUAUACCUGGCGUAAUGGCUGAAAUAAAGAAGACGCCUUCAAUUAA